CUACCGAACAGCCAAACUCAUAGACGUUCAUAUUUUGAUGAUUCCGCUUUUGAAGGGUCACUUUUCCGAUCUGCAAUACUAUAUUUGCGACGUCAAUCCCAGAUAAUAUAAAUUAAACAAUCACACAUUAACAAAAUGUUUACACACGGUCAAGAUCCUGAUGUUGUUCGGUGGGGACUCCAGCUUUUUGAUGGCGGCCCAUUCAAUGACAGCAGCUACUCCGGAUAUGGUUCACAAAAUUAUGCAGAUUGUUAUCAUGAUCAAUAUUCUAGAGAGACCAGUUAUGACACGCAAUGUAUCAACCCAGAAAAUGACAAACAUCUUAUGCUUGCCCUUCCAGAGGACGGGUCCUCAUUUUCGGUUGCUGAAGCAUCUGCACCUUCUUGUGAAGAAGUUGAUCUUUCACAAACAUCUUUUUAUUUACCGGAUUCACUUAAUCAGUCUAUGGCAAACUACAGUCUUGGAGAUGAUGAGAACACAAAUGAUUUGCCACCUACUAGUUCAUGUGGUAGCCCUACAAGGCAGUUGAACUAUGGGGAGGAGUGGUCUUAUUCAUUGGAUUUAAGUGAUGAGUAUGCUCUAGAUGAUGAAGUAGGCAAGAGAUUGAAUCAGUUGGCUUCUAUUCCUCAUGUUCCCAGAGUCAAUGGGGAAAUACCUUCUGUAGACGAGGCAACUUUAGAUCAUCAGAGGCUAAUAGACAGGCUGCAGUUAUACCAAUUAGUAGAGUCCAAAGUUCAAGGGGAUGGGAAUUGCCAGUUUCGAGCUUUGUCAGAUCAAGUUUACCGUACAGCUGAGCACCAUAAAUUUGUGAGACAACAAAUUGUUAAUCAGCUUGAGUUACACGCAGAGAUAUACGAGGGAUAUGUUCCCAUGGUUUAUAGUGAAUACUUGAAGAAUAUGGCCAAGGUCGGUGAAUGGGGCGAUCAUGUCACUUUGCAGGCUGCUGCUGAUUUGUAUGGCAUCAAAGUCUUCGUAAUCACAUCAUUCAAGGACACCUGCUAUAUUGAGAUUGUUCCAAGUGUUCAAAGGUCAAAUCGAGUAAUUUUCUUAAGCUUUUGGGCAGAGGUUCACUACAAUUCAAUAUAUCCGGUGGAAGAUUUGCCACCUAUGAGGGGGUGAAGAACAUGAAGCAAUGAAGAUGAGGAUUUGAGUGGCUCUUUUCCAGCUUUAUAUAUCAUUAAACAUGCAUGCAACAUAGUUUCAGCUCAACUUUUAUAGGGUAUAUGUUGCAUACAACCUAUUCACAAUUUCAUUUUAUGAUAUAUCCUGUAAUGUAUUCACUAAAAUGUUUCUUUACUUGGGUAAACUUUUAAGCUGAGUUACAGGGGCUGGUUACCUAAAUGUUUACCUGGUAUGCGUUUAUCGUUAUAAGUCAA